AUGUGGUCUGAGCCCACUCUCAAUCCUUUCUGGAACAACAAGAUCUGUCGCAGCAGGAAUCCGUUCUAUAGGCAGCUGUACAAGGGCCUGCAGGAGAUCGACACCUUCAAGGUCUCCAAGAACAUCACGGCAAGCAUCAUGUACUAA